AGGCGCGAACAGGACACAGUUGGAUGAGGAGACUAUCCAAAGGGAGGGUGCGCGCAUGUGACAGGCAUUGGACGUUCCCAUUCGCAGAAGUCGGGCAGCGAGGAGAAUCUCUCCAUCCGGAUCGGCGUGGUUAAAAAUCGCCAGCGGUUCUGCCCACGCACCAUGCGAGUUGGAGAGACGCGCCCCGGGCCAUGCUGAACAAGUGUCCGACCCUGCUGUUGGCUCUGAUCGCGGUGGCCGGACUUGUCAAGCGAUGCCGGGGCUGGAGCGACGAAGACAUGCUGUUGCCGCCCGUCAACUCCUCCAACAGCUUCUUGGCCGAAAUGGGGCUGGACGUGCGUCUGUCCAAGAGGUCGGCAGAAGAGAACGAAGCUUCCCCGGACGCGUCGUCCCUGCAGACGCCGUCCCAGUGCAACGUGAGCGUCCAAAGACUCCUGCCAGCCUCGUUGGUGGCUCGCUGGGACAGCAGCUUCGGCUUCCAAUGCGACGUGCUCAUAUACACUACCAACAACCACGGACGGGCUUUUUUCUCCGCCUCAUUCAACCGGGCCAUCUCGCCCGUCAUCAUCGAGCACCUGGGGACCACCGGGGGUCAGCAGGAUUUGAGGCUGUGCGUGGGCUGUGGGAUGUCCCGCUACAGGAGACUCAGUCCCGGCAGGGCGAGAGGGCAACAGAACGCCGAGCAGGUCACCUUCUGCUGCGUGGAUUUCAGCCUCGACGAGCUGAAGGGUGACAAAAGUUGGAGGCUGAACAGAAAGCCCAUCGAAUCAACACUUGUGGCUUGUUUCAUGACUCUGGUCAUCAUCGUAUGGAGUGUUGCUGCUCUCAUAUGGCCGGUUCCUAUAAUUGCAGGCUACCUGCCUAACGGAAUGGAGCAGAGAAGACCCAGAUGACUGACCUAAUCGAUGACGAGCUCGUACUGCCUAUACCUAUUAAUUAUUGUAGCCAUUAUACUCUUUGCCAUUGGGAAUGGACGACUGUUUACUGAAAUUGGGGUCACUCGAAACUAAAGGCGUAGGUUUGCAUUGAGACAGUAGGGACAUAACACUACCAACUUUUCAGGGUGCUCAAAUUGUCCCCACCAACUUUUAAGCAACCUCAUUUGCAUUAUAUAAAGAGGUCAGUUAUAUAGGUAAUUUAUAUUGUCUACCCCAGGGGUGUCCAAACUUUUUGCAAAGGGGGCCAGAUUUGGUGUGGUAAAAAUGUCGGGGGCCAGCCAACCUUGGCUGACGUCCUUUACGUAGAACAAUAUAUUUAAGCAAAUUUUAGCAAGCCAAGUACAUGUCAGCAUGUCUUGUUUGGUAAUAUCGCCUCACAUUGAACUCUUUAAAAACAGCUACUGUCUCUUUGCAAAUGAGGCAGACACAGCUGUUGCGCAUUUUAGUGAAGAAAUAAUCAAAUUUCCACCUAUCCUUGAAGCAUCAGCCGUCGCAGUCAACAUUUUUUUGUUGUUGAUUGCCGCCAUUUUAGAAAAUUGGAAGUAAAAGUCACAUGGGUAAUGUUGCUUAGAGUGCUGCUGCCUUUUAGUGGGUAAAUGAGGAGCAGCAUUUAGUGUGUAAGCUACUUCAUAUGCUGGUAGCAGUACUGCUCAAAUUUAUUACGUCUGUCUGCGGGCCAGACGUUACUGAUUUCAUGACAGAGGCUGGGGGCCGGAUGAAAUUCGACCACGGGCCGCAUUUGGCCCCCGGGCCGAACUUUGGGCAUGUCUGGUCUACCCAUAUGCUGUAAUGAUAGAAUAGACCCUACCAUUAUUAGGUGAAUUAUUUUCAUUAUGUUCAGACUUACAUUUAUCCCAUUUCACUUGAUGAAUGUACUGGUUCCUUUUCCCUCCUUCAAACAAACGUUUGACUGGCUGAUGACUUGAAGUCCUCCGUCCCACCACAAAGACACAUACACAAACUCACACAUCCCGACAAAUUCAUGUCGACAACAUGCCGCCUCCUCCGCCCCCUUCCGAGAAGAAGGAUAUUAGAAGGGUUUUUUUUUUCGGCCAGCAGCAACAACUGUAAGUCAUGUAAAAAGUAGGGCUGUCAAAAGAUUAAAAAAUUUAAUCGAGUUAUUACAGCUUAAAAAUUAUUUAAUCGUAAUUAAUCGCAAUUCAAACCAUCUAUAAAGUAUGCCAUAUUUUUCUGUAAAUUAUUGUUGCAAUGGAAAGAUAAGAUACAAGACGGAUAUAUACAUUCAACAUAUGGUACAUAAGUACUGUAUUUGUUUAUUAUAACAAUAAAUCAACAAGAUGGCUUUAACAUUAUUCACAUUCUGUUAAAGCAAUCCAUGGAUAAAAAGACUUGUAGUUCUUAAAAGAUAAAUGUUUGUACAAGUUAUAGAAAUUUUAUAUUAAAACCUCUCUUAAUGCUUCCGUUUUAAUAAAAUUUGUAAAAUUUUCAAUCAAAAAAUAAACUACUAGCUCGCCAUUGUUGACAUCAAUAAUUACACAAUGCUCAUGGUGCUGAAACCCAUAAAAUCAGUCGCACCCAAGCGCCAGCAGAGGGUGACAAAACACCAAAAAACACAAGUAACAAGUGAACAUUACACCGUGCUGUCAUUUUAAUCUGCAUGUGUGUUAAAUGCGUCAAAUAUUUUAACGUGGUUAAUUUAAAAAAUUAAUUACCGCCCGUUAACGCGAUAAUUUUGACAGUCCUAGUAAAAAGACAUUAAUGUUGUGGCAGUGGGGGAAACACCACUAAUUUUGCUACUGAAAGUCCAACCUGCAUUAGAUUUAGCAUAACAUUAAACUUGCUAACCUGCAAAACUACUCCAGUCAGGCCAGCCUCCACAAGGAACAACAAAGUCAAGCUAGCUGUCUCUUAUUUGGAUCAUUGUUUGCAUUAUGUGCAUUACGGUAAUAUCGUCCCUACCAAUGUUGAGACCAAACCUACGCCCUAGCUUGAAACCUCAAUUCUCUACUGGGACCAAUGUGUUUUUGUAAACUUGUAAGCCCAUAUAGCCUAGAAUGUGUCACCGUAAAAUGUGCACAAUUUUCUCUUUAAACCGUCUUUGUAGUUUUGAACGUUUUUAGAAUGUUUGCCUUAUUCCCCGUGUAGAACUUUUGCACUGCAAAUUUACCUAUAUAACCUACAUGUACGCCAUUUCUGGCAAAGGACUUGUUUAAGAUGGUUUCAGUGUUUAUAAUGCUAGAUUUGUAAUAUCGAGCUCAAUAUACAGUAUGUGCUUUAUUUGUAUCAGUCAAACUAUAAACAGUAUAUACAUGACAAUAAAAUAUUAUAUGGCAUAUUUAGAGCAAUAUAUUGUUUAUUCCGUUAAAUAAACAAAUAUUUUGGCUUCCUGA